UUACUACAAUGAGUUGUAUAAAAGGACUCUGCUGAUGCGGAGUCGAUAUCAAUCACUCCCAAGUCCUUCCAAGAGAAUUACAAGCAAAACACAGCAGUUGUUUUCAAAAUGAAGUUCUUCAUCGCAAUCAUCGCUUUGACCCUUGCCAUCGCUGCUCAGGCAUCCUAUGUCCCAGCCGUCCUGGACCAUCAACUGUCCUGGCCAGUGAGUACCUCGGUUUGGCCAUCAAAUGGAAUUUACGGAAAGGCUCUGCUGACACCACCGGCAGCGGUGACAAAGUACGCCUACCCUGGUAUCUACGGAAGUGCCUGGCCAGUGUAUGGAAAGACCUGGGGACUUUCGGCGGCUCCAGUUGUGACGAAGGUCGUUGACAACGGUCUGUGGAACUAUGGCGGACACGGUUAUGGACUGGGAUACAACAAAUACUGGCUGUAAAAAUGUCAUUGGAUAGAAAAUAUUGGUUUUCACUGGUAACUGAAUAAAUUUGAAAUCAAAAAUAGUGAAUUAUUUUUGGGUUUGAAAAUUUCCGAAAGCAAAAAUAUUUUAGUUAACGAAACCUUUUCCGAUAAUUUGAACUCGAUUAGGUCUAGCCUCGAAGAAAGAAGAUUGAAACGUGAGAGAAACGUUGCGA